GGGACAUCUUUACGGCAGCCCGUGGUCAACACGUGUUGUCAUUGCAAGAAGCUUCGACUGGUUAAAUAGUGCCGCUAGCUCAUUGAAAUUUAGAUUUUGAGUAGAAUGUCGUUCAGAGGAGGAGGUGGGCGAGGAGGUGGAAGAGGUGGAGGUUUUCAGCGAGGUGGAGGAGGCAGAGGUGGUGGAGGAUUUGGACGGGGUGGUGGAAGAGGUGGCUUCAGACAACAAGACUUCGGUCCCCCAGAGCAUGUUGUUGCACUAGGAGAAUUCAUGCAUCCAUGUGAAGAUGAAAUUGUGUGUAAGUGUACAACGGAAGAAAACAAAGUUCCCUACUUCAAUGCCCCAGUGUAUUUGGAAAACAAGGAGCAGAUCGGGAAAGUGGACGAAAUAUUCGGUCAGCUGCGGGACUUUUAUUUUUCAGUAAAACUCUCUGAAAACAUGAAGGCGUCUUCAUUCAAGAAGUUACAGAAGUUUUAUAUAGACCCAAUGAAGCUUCUCCCAUUGCAACGAUUUCUGCCGAGGCCACCAGGAGAAAAGGGGCCGCCCAGAGGAGGCAGAGGAGGAGGGAGAGGUGGUGGUGGUCGUGGAGGCGGUUUUCGAGGCGGCAGAGGCGGAGGCGGACGGGGUGGAGGAUUUGGAGGCGGACGGGGUGGAGGAUUUGGAGGCGGACGGGGCGGAGGAUUUGGAGGCGGACGUGGUGGAGGAGGCUUCAGAGGAAGAGGAGGAGGAGGAGGCGGUGGGCGUGGAUUCAGAGGGGGAAGAUGAUCAACAUCUGGCUUGGUGUGAUCAUCUUGUCCUUGUCAUCACCUUCUCAGACUAAAAGACUACACUCAUCAGAUUCUGGACAGAGGGACUCAUGCAAACAUUGCCUCUAUUUGAUGAGCUUGUGGGAAUUUAGUUGUAUUUUUUCUACCAGCUUUGGAUGAAUGAUUGGUUGUAAUGACUUAUUUAAAAGGUUCAUAUUGCAUUGUGUAUAACAGAAGGAACCUUUUUCUGCCUGUUUUGUUGGAUUCAUAUGAGCUGACAUGCCAUUCGUUGUUGAUUGUGUUAGUUUUUUGACAGAUGUUUUGAUUAAGAUUUAGAAAAACACAUUCUCAAACUUCCAUGCAGUGAUUACUUCACUUGUGGAAAAUCAGACUAUUCAAUGUUGGCUGAAAACAUUUUAUUGCUCAGUCUGUAAAAUCUCCAGCUAAAUGUUAUUUUUUAAAAUGCCUUGAUUAAAAGGUCCUUUGUA